UAUCUUCAAUUAAACGCUAAUUUGCAGAAAUUCGUAACGAUGAAAACGAAGUGGAAGAAUUGGAGACGACAUAUUAUUUUGGUUUAAAAAGAACUCAGAACCAUGCUGACGUGGGAAAACGGGAACAUAUGAUUGGCAGAUUUAAUUUGUCUACGUGGACACACUCUCUACUCCUCAUAUAACCUUUUUAGUAUAGGUUAGAUUACAGCUUUUAGUCUUUUAUUUUCCCCCUUCAAAUUUGGAACAUUAAAAGAUAUCUACUCGUCCUUGAUUUCCUCAUUACAGCUUUUAGUCUUUUAUUUUCUCCCUUCAAUAUUGGAACAUUAAAAAAUAUCUUAUCUUCAAUAAUAUCCUUCUAUUUUUCAUUGAAUUAUCAUAUUUAGCCAAAAUGUUCUGUUAGUGUUUUAGUCUUAUACGUCUAAAAAUGUAUUUUUUUUAUAUAAUAUUCCAGUCACGCCAGUUUGUUCUAAGAAACUUUUUUGUAUGCUUAUUCAUUUUUGUGAGGAUAUUUGUUCACAAGUUGAUUCCAUUGGCUUUACUUCUUUCGGAAAAGGAAAAGAAACAUUUUACAUUGAAAAGUACAGAUUCCCAAGAUAUUUGUUUUAGAAUUGAACUUCAAGAUAUUUUAUUUUUCAUUGGUCUUAAAAUGUUUUUUGUUUUUGUUUUCAUAUGUUAUUUUUUGGUCUUAAGAUGUUUUCAAGAUAUUUUAUACAGAAGCUAUACUUUAGAAGGCCCAAAUUCUAUCUCCCCAUUUCCACUUUAUGCGAUAGUGUUGGAGGCUUGGAGCUAAAUCGAUAUGUCGCAGGUUACUAAAUUCCGGCCUGAGACGUACGAAUAUUCGAAUAGAUCAAAGAUCCAUAUUACAUUGAUAAGGCAAAAGACAAUAGAAAGUGGAGAUGGGCCAAAAAGCCCUCUUGAAAAUAUACUUUCAUGCUUUAGUUGCUUCCUUAUCACGUUACAUAUCAGAGCUUAUAACUUAUAAGUUAAACUUAUAAACUUAUAAUACUUCAGACUUCUAAAUGGUCCGGUAACCUAAACCUCUGGCAAAUUUGUUUAGUGUAAAGUAAAGGGUAUUUCACUGAAACUUCAAAAUAAAGGCUUUGUUUCAAUGAUGUCAAAGAGUUCCUUCUUAGACAAGAAAACCAUGACGAAAAUUCCGAUAUUAAAAUUUACCUUUUCCUUUUUUUUUUGGUAAAAUACCUUUUCCUUUUUGUUGUCGAAUAUUUAUGUUUCCAUUGAUAGAAUUUGGCAUAUCGUGUUCAUCUAAGACUAGGACAAAUGGACAAUGGAAGAACAACAAAUACAUAAAUAUGGAAAUUUAUCAAAAGUAUAUAUUCAAAAAAAAAGGAGAAAUUUAUCAAAAAUGUGUCGACGUGUCAGGUUUUAUAUAAGAGAAACGAGUAUAUGCGAUUAGGCCCAUUAGGGUUUCUGGAGUUAGCAAGCAAAACUGAGUUAGCAGCCAAUAUCUAAUCACUAAUCAAAGACCUCGAUCUCUCCGUCAUCAAUGGGAAGUGCAACUUCUGUGAACCUCGCUAGAAGCGAAGAAGAGAAUCCAUCGCUAACUCAGAGAGAGUCAUCGCCUAUUGCACAAGACGGGGAGGAGUCUAAAACCCUAGUUGAAGAUUCGAAUGAAACAAAGGAAAAAGAAGUUGAAGAUGGUGAAGAGUGCAGUUUUUGCACAUACAUAAAGGCAGGUGAGUGCAAGGAAUCAUGGAUUGAAUUGGAGAAGUGUUUGGAUGAAGCCAAGAAGAAGGACGGUGAAAGUGACGUCACGAAGUGCAAGGAGGCGAGAAAGAUGUUCAAGACUUGUAUUUAUGACAACCCUGUCCACUAUGAGCCCGUUAUUGCUGCGGAAACUUAUAUGUUCGCCAAGAUGUUAAGCGAUCUUCAAGCCAAAAAGGAGGCCGUUCUUGUUGACAAGGCUCAAGUGGUUGCGAAGAUGUUAAGCGAACUGAAAGCGGAAAAAGAGGCCAUUCUUUCUGGUGAUGCUGCUUCCAUUGUUAAAGCGUUAAGCAAGUUGCAAAAAGAGGAGGAUGAGACCAUUAACAUUAUGCCCGCUGAGGCUGCAGCGAUUGCAAAGAAGUUUAGCGAGUUGGAAGCGAAAAAGAAGGAGAAGGAAGAAAAGUGAUUAUUAUCAUGGUAACAUUUCUUUUAUAAAAAUUGACGAAUUUGAUAGACUUAUAUUGAUACUUUGUGUGAAUGUCAAUUUAGAUGAAUAUUCUGAUUCUCUUUUUUUUUUGUUUCUCGUUAGUUUUGUUUAGUGUUUUCUUCUCGUCUUGUGGGAAUUUACAACCGUUGCUUGUCUAAUUUGAUGCAAUUCUACAAUUUUGUUAUU